AUAUGCUGCGAUUAGAUCACGUCUCAAACCGCUUUAUCUGUCGUAUUCAUCUCUUGCCGAUUUAGUUUAACUGAUAUCAAUGCCUACCCGUUACGUUUCCAUGUUUAACUUACUCCAGACAGGGUAACCCACGAAUUGGAAGUAACGCACAUUAUACGGUUCAGUUCUCAGCACCAAACAGCCUAUAGCCUACUUCUUAUUUAUCGGCUUAUAUUUCUAAAGUCGAACACAUGUGCAUGUGACAAAUAUAGCCCAUCUUCCCUUUCACGGUUUACAAGCGCAGUCGCCUACGUAACGUUUGAAAUUAAGCAUCAUAUGAAGCGCACCUGAGGACAGAGGUAAGACCGCGCGCAGUAUGUGGAGCGCGCGCUCAUACCAGAGGAUACCACACUACACCUGCGGCACCCCAGUGAAAGACACAGCGCGAGUAUCAUAUUAUCAGGAUUCAGACAAUGUUAAACCGUUUAAACAUUAAACAGGAUAACAUGCGAAUGUUUUAGUAAUUAUACAUGCACUAAAGAUACUUACUCGCCCCUUUGGAUUUGAACAAACCUUGCCUGGAGCCGCUGGAAGACAGACACGGACACGAGUUGCUGCUGCAUGUGGCGGGUAUCGUUCGCUUAAGUCAGAGGGACAGAGAGAGGAGCAGGAGUAGGCUAUAUAAUUAGGAAAUAAAAUUUGCUUGAAAGUUAAAAGGUUGCGGUUAUUGGCUAUAGUUGUUUUUUAUGGUUCGUCAUUACUGGGAAUCGAUAAGACCGGGUGUAUUAGAAAUAUUAGGGGGUGUAAUUCUUUGAAAAAAAUAAGCAAUCUCUGCGCGGUUGGUCGAGAUGAAGGCAAAAAAUAGGGACCAAAGCUUAUCUGAUUCAAGAGAACUAGACGGUUCAUAUGACCAGCUCACAGACAGCAUCGAGGACGACUUUGAGCUGUCGACCGUGUGCUGCCGGCCCGAGGGCCUGGACAAGCUGCAGGAGCAGACCAAGUUCACCAAGAAGGAGCUGCAGAUCCUCUACAGGGGGUUCAAGAACGAGUGCCCCUGUGGAAUGGUCAAUGAGGAGACCUUUAAGCUCAUCUACUCACAGUUCUUCCCACAGGGAGAUUCAAGCAUGUAUGCACAUUUCCUGUUUGAUGCUUUUGACACUCAGAAGAAUGGAUCUGUUAGUUUUGAGGACUUUGUCACAGGCCUGUCAGUCAUACUCAGGGGAUCCAUCGUUGACCGGCUCAACUGGGCAUUUAACCUGUAUGAUCUAAAUAAGGAUGGGUGCAUCACCAAAGAGGAGAUGACGGACAUCAUGAAGUCCAUAUAUGACAUGAUGGGGAAGUGUACCUACCCUACCAUGCAGGAAGACGCUCCCAGGGAACAUGUGGAGAACUUCUUCCGGAAAAUGGACCGGAACAAUGAUGGCGUUGUCACUAUUGAGGAGUUCAUUGAGUCAUGCCAAAAGGAUGAAAACAUCAUGCAGUCCAUGCAGCUGUUUGACAACGUCAUUUAAGGAUACAUUUCUUAGGAGACGGUGGAGUGGGCGUGGUCAAGCGAGCCCUGUGUGUUUGCAGUUAGGGACUCCUCCUCCUACCCCACCAAGCCCAAUCCCACCCCCACCUCUCCAUUGGCUGCCUGACAAGGAGGCUCAUCUCCCCCUUGUGUCCUCUCUCUCCUCCCCUGAGACUAGAGGGAGCUGGUGCAGGCUGACUUGCUGGGGGAGCCGAGGGAUGGAAUUGGAAUUUGUUUUACCGUUUGUUUCCUUGAAUUUAUGAGACUGCUUUGGCAUCGAAUGGACUCCUGAGCAUCCCUAUUCCACACCAUCACCAAAAUCCCUGCCCUUCUCACACACACACACACACACACUCACACACAUACGCACACACACACGCACCCUUAUUCCACACCAUCUCCAACCCCCCACCGCCUCCCAUACACACACUCUCUCUCUCUCUCUCUCUUUCUCUCACACACACACACACACACUCUGUCACCCCUUGUCUCGGGAAGGGAGGAAGGGUAGAGAUCGACGGUCAACUUGAGACUUCAAUUACAGUUUAGUUAUUUGGCAGAUGCUCUUACCCAAAGCGACUUAGAAAAGUGCAUUUUACAUGGUACACAAACAAAACACUUGAUGAAAAUCCUUUCCCAAGGGAACCUAGCUGACCAAAAGACUUGGAUCCUGGCUGGCUUGGACACCUAACCGUGAUGACAGCAAUUUGCAGCUUGUAUUUUUUUUUUUUGUUUUUGACCGCAUGAUGUCAACCAUAGAAAAUCUCAGUCUAUCAAUAUAUUUAUCGACGUGCUCCAAACCCUGCCUGCAGUUCUCCUCGUCUGUCCCUGGAUACUUCUCCAACUGUUUGCAUCACUUCGGCCUGUCUCUCCCCGAAAGCAAGACUCAUGGGAGGGGCAACAGUGUCUGCCCUCAGUCACCUGACCCCUACGGAAGAAACGAUUGGUUUCAGAUCAGUGAGUCACUGGUAACACACAGUGGCUCUACCCCGUUUCUGGUUUCAGGAAGCCUCACUCGCCCAUCCCUUUACUACCCGGCACCCCGACACUCUGCAAUAGUGCAUAGAAGCAACAGUACAAAAUGGCCUAUGCAAUAGCAUUCUUGCAAUGUUUCUGUGAUGUUAUUUGUGAUGUACGACCAUACAGUAAUGUUAUGAGAAUGUAAAGUGUUAUCUGGGACCAUAAAGGAAACCUUUGCUGUAGAUGCUGGCAGACAGCAGUGGUUGUACAUACCACAAAUCUAAACUCAAAGUCCAAAAACAAGAUUUAAAAAAAAAAAUGUAAUCAGAGUAUAUGUAUUCACAUAAUUCAUAUUUAAUGAGCUGACCAAGAAAAGCAAGUGAUGUCAAAUAAUACAUAGAGAAAGGUUUCCCUUAGCUCUUUUUUCACGUCAGCACAGGACAACCAGCGCAACGGGCAGAUGAACGUAGCAAAAGCCAGGUGAAAAUGGCUUCCCUUACCGCCGUGGCCGGUACAGGUGUUCUGUUCCGUCCCCUCUGUGACCCCAAAAUAAACCCCAGACGGCAGAGGCGCCGGGUCCGACGGCGGCCUUGCCGCUGCCGGUUGCUAUGGCGAUGCUCCCGCGGGUGCGGCAGGUGCGCGGACGGAGCAGUGGCGCCUCGGCUUCGCCGUCGCCCGAGAGCCGACCCUGCGCGCUCCCUCCAGCUGUGGCCAGCCCAGAGGCCCACCGCCUGACACUUAUCGACAGCGCGCUCCUCCGUUUGGUCGCUCUUGUUGACACAAAACAAGCACAAGCCAGACGCAAAUAACCAGAGGAGAUCUUUUAUUAAUAAUCGCAGCUGGUACGGCACCUUCAUAGCACAUUCUUCUUCUGUCAGUCCAAGUCCCUGUUACUCCCGAAGGACAUCCACUUCAGUGGUCUGCAUUCUUUAGUUGAUUAUUAUUUGUUACCCUCAUUAUUGCAGACACGCCGAUGCAGGGUGGCAUAUAUACAGAAAGCAGGAAAACAGGAAAAUUGGAAAUAUCCCAAAGCAGGCUUGGAAUCAGCAAGUAGUUCUAGUUCCAUAAACACUACACUGUAGAAAUCUAUAUUAUAUUAUACUGUACUGUGUUAUGCUAUUUGCUUGUUAUCCAAGGCAAAUUUCCUAAUUCAACAGCAGUGAGUUGGUGACCCAUUUUGGAGCCUCUGUAAGCACUAUGUCUACAAUCCACCCUUCUACCAGUGGUGCCCACUAAGUAUGAUUUUGUGGUCUGGUACAGGUAUAAAUAACAUGACCAAACCUCUCCUGUUCAUGGUGGGUCCUAUUGUUUUCCCUACAUUUAAAGAUUCAUAAUGCUCUUGUGCCCCAAAUCUUAUGGGCUAUCACUAUGGAUUCAUUUAUUUUUAUCCAGGUGGAAAGUGUUACAGUAAGCAUGUAUGUGUCUGUAGCUUGACAAAUGUCAAACAUAGAUGAAUCGAUAGAACGGGAGGUUACACAAGGAGUGCAAAUUCCCACAAAUGUGUUAGAUUUUGAAAGAACACACACACACACACACACACACAUGCACACAAACAAACACUGACACACAGCUGCAUUCUAUAAUUAAUGCAGCUUCUGUUUUAACAAAUAUUCUGAUUCCAUGCCAAUCCACAGCAGCGAUGACCAUACUGGUCAAUGGGUUGAUCAUAUCUGAUGUACUGGAGGAGAUAGAAACUUCUGCCACAAACACACACACAUGCAUGUAUACACUUGUACACACAUACAGAGCGGGAGAAAUUUCAGUUGCACACAAUUAAAUGAGAAGAAAAAAUCUGGCACGCAUAGUCAAUUAUUUGAGAAAGCCUCUGUUGUCAGCACAUUUCAGUUUCUUUAAACCAGUUCAUAAAAGGUCAACUGGAAAAAAUAUAAUAUUGUAGGGGUCUCCAAACAGCUUUCAUGGGGCGGAGAAUGAAAUUGUUCAUUGGUGCACAUGGCUAAUUACCUUUGCUAGUGUACUAGUAAUUGCUAUUUAUGCAUGACCUUGCUUGCCACAUGGAACAUUGGCUAGUAUAUAGUUAUAUUUAUUCACAAGAGUAUUGAUGAUAGUGCACAAAUUCAUCACCUCAUCAAAAACUAAAGUGUAGCUACUGUAUAUCUUUCAUUUUUGAUAUGUUAAGUCAUGAACAUGCCUUCAUAAUAUAAGUCAUUAUAAUAACUACAUCUUCAGCUGUUCUCAACACCUCAGCUAUAACAUGUGUGCUUGCCCAGCAUAUGAACUAAAGACUUUCUUUGGUAAUUUUGUUGCAUGUAGUCAUCAUCAUAAUUCAGUCAUUGAAUGGUCAAAAAUGAUAAAAGGGCCUGAUUUGGGCCCUGAGUCAUAGUUUGGGGACCCCUGCUGUAAGAGAAUUGAGCACUGCAGUAAUUUAAAGCAGUGUUUCCCUUUUUUUUUUUUUUAAAGAGGCUGGGUUGGCAUAAAGGAGGUGAAAUCUACUGUAACUUAUAACAUUCACAGCAUCUGUAAAAUGAGAGGCGUAGCAGCCAUUUUGGGUCAUUUAAUCAUUUGUUUAGUUCCUUAUGUUUUAAGGGCAUCCUGUCUUGAAUGCUUCUUGGCAGUGCUGACCACAGUCACCCCCUGGCUAUAAUCGCAUGCACUGUGUCUAGAGCAAUGACAAUGAAUAGGCCACCGUUACUUGCCAUGUGUCUAGUUGGUUAGGCUCUUGCUGUUUCAUAUAUGUAUAUUUUGUACAGAGACAACAAUAAAGUCACAGUUGCUAUGCAA